CGCUUUGCUCGUGCAAUGAUCUUUGCUAUUGAGGAGAUAAACAACAGCACAGAGCUGUUGCCAGGUAUUAAACUUGGAUAUCAGAUCUAUGACUCAUGUGCUUCAGUGACUGUGGCCAUGGAUGCAGCAUUUCAACUUUCAAAUGGUCAGGACCCUUUGGUUUACGAAGGCAGCAAUUGUUCCCAAUCUGGUGUGGUGAUGGCUGUUGUUGGAGAAUCUGGAUCAUCACAGUCCAUCAGCAUGUCACACAUAAUUGGGCCUUUUAACAUCCCACAGGUGAGCCACUUUUCCACAUGUGCCUGCCUAUCAGAUAAGCAGCAGCACCCAACUUUUUUCAGGACAAUUCCCAGUGACCAAUAUCAAGCUGUUGCUCUAGCCAAGCUGGUAAAACACUUUGGUUGGACUUGGAUUGGGAUUGUCCGCUCAGAUUCAGAUUAUGGAAACUAUGCUGUGGCAUCUUUUCUUGCUGCAGCACAGAAUGAGGAGAUUUGUGUGGAAUAUUCUGAAGCUUUCUAUCGGACUGACCCAUAUCCUAAAAUUCAGAAAGUGGCUAAUGUUGUCCGCAGGUCAACAUCAACAGUUGUUGUGGUUUUUGCGGCUCCGGGGGACAUGAAGGCGCUCUUAGAGGAACUGGCUCGGGAAACUCCACCAUCUCGUCAGUGGAUAGGAAGUGAGGCAUGGAUAACUGACCCACUCUUGGUGAGCUUCACUUUCUGUGCUGGGGCUAUUGGACUUGGCAUUCAGCGAUCUGUCAUACCAGGACUAAGAGAAUUUCUGCUGGAUCUCCCUCCAAAUAAAGUAGCUGCCUCCGCAGUGCUUACUGAAUUAUGGGAGGAAGCGUUCAGCUGCAAACUGACACAAACUGAUAAUCCAAGCAAAAAAGUUUGUGAUGGAACUGAAGACAUAAAUAAACUCCAAAACCCGUACACUGACACGUCCCAAUUAAGAAUUACUAACAAUGUGUACAAGGCUGUUUAUGCAAUAGCUCGUGCCAUUCACAAUGCAGUGUGUCAGAAUAAGAAUCUCACCACUCAGUGUGACAGAAAUAUCAGACUGGAGUCCAAACAGGUGUUAUCUAAACUAAAAACAGUCAACUUCUCUCAAAAUGGUUAUCCUGUGUCAUUUGAUGCUAAUGGAGAUCCUGUAUCUUUUUAUGAGCUGGUCAACUGGCAGAAAAGUGAGAGUGGAAAUAUUGAGCUGGUAACAGCAGGAUACUAUGAUGCAUCACUGCCUAAAGGACAGGAGUUUCAUGUCAAUAGGAACAUAACCUGGGUAAAAGGUGGAACAAAGGUACCAGCGUCGUUGUGCACUAAGAGUUGUCUUCCAGGAACUCAUAAAGUGUUGCAGAAAGGAAAACCUAUCUGCUGCUAUGACUGUAUACCAUGUCCUGAAGGAGAGAUCAGUAAUAAAACAGAUUCUCCGGACUGUCUCCCAUGUGCCAGUGAAUUCUGGCCUAAUGCAGAAAAAAAUGCAUGUUUCCUCAAACCAGUAGAAUUUUUGUCCUUCGAUGAAAUCUUUGCAAAGAUCCUGGCUGCAUUUUCUGUUUUUGGAGCUUCUCUGUCCAUCAUAACAGCAGUUAUUUUCUUUUAUCAUCGAACAACUCCUAUUGUCAGAGCCAACAACUCUGAGCUGAGCUUCUUGUUGCUCUUCUCUCUGACUCUGUGUUUCUUAUGUUCAUUAACUUUCAUYGGAGCUCCCUCUGAGUGGUCCUGCAUGCUGAGACACACAGUGUUUGGUAUCACCUUUGUUCUCUGUAUCUCCUGUGUUCUUGGCAAAACUGUAGUGGUUUUAAUGGCCUUUAAAGCUACACUUCCAGGUAGUAAUGUCAUGAAAUGGUUUGGGCCUCCACAACAAAGGAUGACUGUUGUGUUUUUCACAUUCAUUCAAGUUUUAAUUUGUACUAUUUGGUUGUUGCUUAGACCACCUUUCCCAUUGAAAAAUCUAACCACAUACAAGGGGAAGAUCAUCCUGGAAUGUGCAUUAGGCUCUGCUGUUGGCUUCUGGGCUGUGCUCGGCUACAUUGGCCUGCUGGCUGUUUUUUGCUUUGUGUUAGCUGUUCUAGCUCGGAAACUACCUGAUAAUUUUAAUGAAGCCAAGCUGAUAACCUUCAAAAAGGAACUCUGA